GACUCACAUAUCUCUUUUUUUUGGGGGGGGUGUCCGUGUGUGUGUGUGUGUGUGUGUGAUUUAUAAGACAACCGGAGCGUGUGUGUGCUUGUGCCCUUGAGGACUGAUUCCUCCCCAGGAUGCAUCAGCUGCUCGUAGUGACCUCAGUGCUGGUGGCACUCUGCUCCCUAGGGAGCGUGGAUACUUCAGCCUACGACAAGAUAGUCACCCACAGUCGCAUUCGGGCCAGGAAACAAGGACCCAAUGUGUGCGCCCUGCAACAGGUCAUGGGCUCUAAAAAGAAGUACUUCAGCACAUGUAGGAACUGGUACAAAGGCUCCAUCUGUGGCAAGAAGACCCUGGUCCUAUAUGAAUGCUGUCCUGGCUACAUCAAGCUGCAGGGUAUGAAAGGAUGCCCUGCAGUGGCUCCCAUCGACCAUGUCUAUGGUACGCUGGGGCUUGUGAGGGCGUCGACGACGCAGCAAUACUCCGACGUAUCCAAGCUGAGAGAGGAGAUUGAAGGCAAAAGCUCCUUUACCAUGUUUGCACCUAGCAACGAUGCCUGGGAUCUGGUAGAAUCUACUGUCCGGGCUGCACUGGUGAGCAACGUGAACAUCGAGCUGUACAACGCUCUUCACUACCACAUGUUGAACCGCCGGAUUUUGACCAAAGACAUGAAGAACGACAUGACUUUCACUUCCAUGUACAACGACCUGGGGCUCUACAUCAACCACUACUCAAAUGGGAUUGUGACCGUGAACUGUGCCAGGAUCAUCCACGGUAAUCAGGUGGCCACAAACGGCGUGGUCCAUGUCAUCGAUCGGGUCAUCAGCGGUGUUGGCAACAACAUGAAGGAAGUCCUGGAUGUCACCGAUGAGCUCGGCACCUUCAGAGAUGCACUACUAGCUUCUGAUUUGAUGGACAAGCUGGACCAGCCUGGCCACUACACCCUGUUCGCUCCCACUGAUGAAGCUUUUGACAAAUUGAGCCCAGGCUACCUGGAGCGUAUCAUGGGGGACAAGACUGUGAUUGCAGCCCUGGCUAACUACCACCUGUUGAACAGCGUCCAGUGUUCAGAAGGAAUCAUGUUGGGGUCGGUGUAUGAGACGGCGGAGGGCAGCACCAUCGAGAUCGGCUGCGAUGGCGACAGUUUGACGGUCAACGGAAUCAAGAUGGUGCUGAAGAAGGACAUCGUCACCACGAAUGGCGUCAUCCACCUCAUCGACCAGGUGCUCAUCCCCGACUCAGCCAAGGAAGGGAUCGAGCUGAUGGGAGCAUCCCUGAGCACUUUUAGCGACAUGGUGUCUGAAUUGGGCUUAGCGGCGGCCCUCGGUCCAAAGACGGAGUACACACUCCUCGCCCCUGUCAACAAUGCCUUCACAACUGAGGUGAUGUCAACAGAGCAGAGCCUGCUUAAAUACAUUUUGGAAAACCACAUCUUGAAGCUGAAAGUUACAUUGAGUGAGCUCUACAACGGACAGAUGCUGGAAACACUGGCUGGCAAACUGCUCAGAGUCUUCAUUUACCGCACUGCUGUGUGCAUCGAAAACGCAUGUAUGCUGCGUGGCAGUAAAGAGGGAAGCAAAAGUGCCCUCCAUGUGAUGAACACUCUCAUCAAACCGGCCAAGAAAACAAUCUACGAGCUCCUGGUUUCUGAGAGACGGUUUAUGAUUUUCCUGUCACUGAUGGAGACAGCAGGUCUGACUGAUCUGCUGAAGCAGGAAGGCUCCUACACCAUCUUUGCACCAACUGACGAGGCCUUCGAUAAUCUCAGCAAAGAGGACUUUGCUCUGCUGAGAAGUGAUCAGAAUGCGCUGAGGAUCAUUCUGCUGUACCACUUCAGCAAUGGCAUCUUCAUCAAUGGAGGAUUAGAGGGAGGAGUUACCAAUCUGCUCAAAACCCUCCAGGGCAAUAACCUGCAAGUUCUGUCUGUAAACAACUCUAUUCAUGUCAAUUCUGUGGACGUGCCCGACAGUGAUCUGAUGGCAACGAAUGGUGUGAUCCAUGUGGUGAAGAACAUUCUCUAUCCUGCGGAUCUUCCUGUGGGCCGCCAGGACCUCCUGGUCCUCCUGAGGAAGCUGAUUAAGUACAUCCAGAUAAAGUUUAUUUAUGGAUUUUCUUAUCAAGAGAUCCCGCUCACGUUCAUCAGAAAGAUCAUCACAACUACGCAUUUUGAAACAGUCCCUGGCGUAACACAGUUGACCAGAGUCAUUCAGGGAGAGACAUCUGUCACCAAGGUCACCAGAGUCAUUGAAGGAGAGCCUACCUUUACCAAGGUUACAAGAGUCAUCGAGUCAGAACCAGUGAUCACUGAGGUUGUCGUCAAGGGGAAGCCGGUCAUCACCAAAGUCACCAGGGUCAUUGAGGGAGACCGUACACAUGUAACCAGGGUCAUUGAGGGAGGCCGUACACAUACAACCAGGGUCAUUGAGGGAGAACCUUCCAUGACACAUGUAACCAGGGUCAUUGAGGGAGACCGUACACAUGUAACCAGGGUCAUUGAGGGAGAACCUUCCAUGACACAUGUAACCAGGGUCAUUGAGGGAGACCGUACACAUGUAACCAGGGUCAUUGAGGGAGAACCUUCCAUGACACAUGUAACCAGGGUCAUUGAGGGAGACCGUACACAUGUAACCAGGGUCAUUGAGGGAGGCCGUACACAUACAACCAGGGUCAUUGAGGGAGACCGUACACAUGUAACCAGGGUCAUCGAGGGAGAACCUUUCUUGACACAUACAACCAGGGUCAUUGAGGGAGAACCUUCCAUGACACAUGUAACCACGGUCAUUGAGGGAGGCCGUACACAUACAACCAGGGUCAUGGAGGGAGACCGUACACAUGUAACCAGGGUCAUUGAGGGAGAACCUUCCUUCACACAUGUAACCAGGAUCAAUGAAGGAAAACCCACCAUUACCAAGAUUACAAGAGUUAUCAAGGGUGGAGAGCUUGAUAAAGAUGGAAAAGGGAUUGCAGGCCCGGACUUCUCUAAGAUCACCACCAUCCACGGCAACCCACGACUGAUCGAUCAGGAAUCGGACAGAAUUACCAAGCUUAUUCAAGUCGGAGGUGGAUUUUCUGCUGCCAGGAAAGCUCCAGCUGGAAUGAGAAGGAGGAGACCAAAGAUGGUCAGGCGUCACUACAAGCCAAGGGAGUGAAUCCAACAGAGACGAAACACCUUCGGGCUCACCACAGGGACUGAAUACAUCUCCAGGGUUCCUGGUUUAGCGCUCGAACAACUGUGGACCAAUAGGGAGAGAUCUAAUCAAUCUAUAUGUCUUUGACCAAACCACCAGUGAGAAUGAUUGUUUCCUCUUCCUUUUGGACCCUACUGUGUGUGAUAGGCAUGAUGUGUUAUAGCAAUGCAAUUCAAUUAGAAUAUCUCGUAAGUCAUGUAAAUGUGCAAGGGAAAUAUGGACUAUUUUCCGUGGGGUAGAUGGUGUGUCGGGGAGAUUAUUCCUACCACUGAGAGAUUGUGUUUAACGUUUUUUUGUAUGUGUAUCAUUUCACUUUGAAUACGGAUGGCUUGGGAAGAUUUUUUGGAUGCUUUUUUAUGGUGUUUGUAUUCUGAACAAUGAAUGCAUUUGAAUGAAUAUGACAAAUACAACAGUGCUACCAUUAGAUGCUGUUCUGAACAUCUGUAAAUUAUCACAUGGUGAUUAGAAAAAUACAAUUACAUUUUAUACA